GUUCUGCACCUCAACCCCACUUGAGAACUCAAAAUACAAGCAAUCAAUUUAAAGGAGAGACAUUGUUGAAGGUACAAUAGCUACUAAUUGCAUAUUUGUAAGUUUGCAAUAAAUGUAAUUGCAUAUGAAAUGAAAGUAAAAAAGUCUAAAAAACUGGGAUUCUUUAUUUUAUAUUAUAUUAUAUUAUAAUUUUUCCCCCACAAUUUAAACAUAAUAUUUAAUUAUAUAUGCAACUGUAAGUGAAUUUUGUAGGUGAAAUUACAUUAAUGAGUUGUAUUGAGAAAAAAAAUUAAGGCGACAAUAGAAACCUCAUACAAUUGCAUUGGUGUUUGUUGGUGUUGAUGCUCUACUACCUUUUGGUUACACAAACAUGAGGAAAAACCCAAGAGAGAAUUGGAUCUACCAUCGGCUAUUCUGUACUCUCCCUCCCAAAAGAGAAAGCGUGAUGGAGUGAGCAAGCUUAUGUUCCAUCAUCCAAGUAAACCAUUCACCAAGAAGAUGGGAAAGUUAAAAAAAAAAAAAAAAAAGCCCUCAAGAAACAAUUAGCGGGUUGGUUGGCCGGUAAACCUCCACAUCUGGCUGGGUCUCCACCCCACUCGCCCACCAAUUGAAGGAAAAAGAAGCCACAAAAAGAAGAUGACAAAAAAACAACACACACUAUUAAAACAAACAAAGAAAUAUAGAAAGAGAGAAAAACAACAAGUGCAGAAAAGCACCCGUGACCACUGACCACCAUCUUGAUAAUGAUGAUCCUAAUCCCUUCACGCUGAACCCUCCGAAACGUUUCUCCAGUUUCUUUUUAUCCCCUCCUCCUCCUCCUCCCCCACCACCACCUCCAUUUCCAGCGGCCAUUCCCACCUGCGAAAGGAAAAAAAAGAGGAAAGAAACACUUACUGUUACUGCCCAGAAGGACGGAAGGAAGGAAGGAGAAGAGAAUCUGGGUAAACCAUGGAUAAUAGCUAAGCUUACUCCAAACCACGUGACCCAAAGCUGCUGCCCAGCCCAGCUCACUCACUCUCUCUCUCUCUCUCCUCCGGCACUAAUCAUUCAUCAUCACUACCAGACAACCAUCCACCGUCCUUUUUCCUCCAUUCCUCUCUCUUCUCUCCCAUCUUCCCUCAAGUCUUUAUUAGUAGCGCUCUGGCUGUUCCAUUCACAGCAGAGAAGAGAAGCCUUCAAUUCCCAUCCCACCUUCUACCCUUCUGCAAAAUCCCCUCCAGGAAGGAUCAAUAAUGGAGACGAAGAUGAAACAGAGUAGUAGUAGUUUCCUGCUACUCCUCCUCGUUUCUCUCCUGCUGGGUUUCUCCCACGUAUCGCCGGCGGCGGCGGCGGCUAAGCAGCAGAGGAGGACUUACAUAGUUCAAAUGGCCACAUCCCAGAUGCCGGACAGAUUCGACCUCCACACCACUUGGUACGAAUCCUCUCUCAAAUCCGUUUCCCAAUCCGCCCACAUGCUCUACACUUACCGAAACGCCAUCCAUGGCUACGCCACUCGCCUGACUCUCGCUCAAGCCAAGAUGCUCCAAUCCCAGCCAGGGAUCCUCUCCGUCAUCCCCGAGUCCCGAUACGAGCUCCACACCACCCGCACCCCUGAGUUCCUCGGCCUCGAUCGCGCCGCCGACCUGUUCCCCCAGGCCAACGUCCUCGGCGAGGUCGUCGUCGGCGUGCUCGACACCGGUGCCUGGCCCGAGAGCAAGAGCUACGACGACACCGGAUUCGGGCCCUUGCCGGGCACCUGGAAUGGGCAGUGCGAGUCCGGAACUAAUUUCACCGCCGCCAACUGCAAUCGCAAGUUGAUUGGGGCGAGGUUCUUCGCCAAGGGGUACGAGGCAACCAUGGGGCCUGUCGACGAGACUAAGGAGUCCAGAUCUCCCCGUGACGACGACGGCCACGGCACUCAUACUUCCACCACUGCCGCCGGAUCCGCCGUCGACGGAGCCAAUCUCCUUGGGUACGCCACCGGGACUGCUAGGGGAAUGGCGACUCGUGCUAGGGUCGCGAUUUACAAGGUAUGCUGGGUUGGUGGAUGUUUCAGCUCCGAUAUCCUCGCCGCCAUGGAUAAGGCGAUCGAGGAUGGAGUCAAUGUCCUGUCCAUGUCGCUCGGCGGAGGGACCUCUGACUAUUACAGGGACAGCGUUGCGAUUGGAGCUUUCUCGGCAAUGGAGAAAGGGAUCUUGGUCUCUUGCUCCGCUGGAAAUGCUGGGCCGACUGCUUACAGCUUGUCGAAUGUGGCGCCGUGGAUUACCACCGUCGGAGCGGGGACAUUGGAUCGGGAUUUCCCUGCUGUUGUCAGUCUGGGCAAUGGCAAGAACUACUCUGGUGUCUCGCUCUACAAGGGCGCCGCGUUGCCGGCGAAGCUCUUGCCGUUCGUCUACGCCGGGAAUGUCAGUAACUCGACCAAUGGGAAUCUUUGCAUGAUUGGCACUCUGAUUCCGGAGAAAGUGAAGGGGAAGAUCGUGUUCUGUGACCGUGGAGUGAAUGCCAGAGUCCAGAAAGGAGCCGUGGUGAAAGCCGCCGGCGGAUUGGGGAUGGUUCUGGCCAACACGGAGGCCAACGGCGAGGAACUCGUCGGCGAUGCUCACUUGCUGCCGGCGUCCACGGUGGGCCAGAAGACAGGUGAGACAAUCAAGAGUUAUCUGCUCUCAGAUCCGAACCCGACGGCGACGAUUUUCUUCGAGGGAACGAAGCUGGGAGUCGAGCCGGCGCCGGUGGUGGCGGCCUUCAGCUCCAGAGGCCCCAACUCAAUUACCCCGGAGAUCCUCAAACCUGAUGUCAUCGCGCCCGGCGUCAACAUCUUAGCGGGUUGGACCGGCGCGGUUGGUCCAACCGGGUUACCGACCGAUUCCCGGCGAACCGAGUUCAACAUCAUCUCCGGCACGUCGAUGUCCUGCCCGCACGUCAGCGGCCUCGCCGCCCUCCUGAAGGGAGCGCACCCGGAGUGGAGCCCCGCCGCCAUCCGGUCAGCGCUGAUGACGACUGCUUACGUCACGUACAAGAACGGGCGCAAGCUUCAAGACGUGGCAACGGGAAACGACUCUACGCCGUUCGAUCACGGCGCCGGCCACGUGGACCCCGUGGCGGCGCUCAAUCCGGGGCUGGUAUACGAUCUGACGGCCGAGGAUUACCUGGGCUUCCUGUGCGCCUUGAACUACACGGACACGCAGAUCAAGAGCGUGGCGAGGAAGAACUAUACGUGCGACCCCAAGAAGAGGUACAGUGUGACCGACCUCAACUACCCUUCGUUCGCGGUGAACGUCGACACGACCCAGAUCAACGGCGGAGGGAACUUGGUGAUCAAGUACACGCGGACGGUGACCAACGUCGGUCCUGCGGGAACUUACAAGGUGUCGGUUACACCGAAUCAGACCCCUGGAGUUAAGAUUACGGUGGAGCCCGAAACGCUGAGUUUCAGCCAGGCAGUGCUGAAGCGAUCCUAUACGGUGACGUUUACCGCGAGUUCGCUGCCGAUCAGUACAAAUCGUUUCGCGCGGUUGGAGUGGUCGGACGGGAAACACGUCGUUGGGAGUCCGAUAGCCGUUAGCUGGACUUAGGCAGAUGAAGAAGAUGAAGAAGAAAGAAGGAAAUAGUUUAAUUUUUAUUUCCACGGAAUUUGUAAUUUUAAUUCAGGAAUUUAAGUUAUUAUUAUUAUCAUCAAAGCACGGCAGCCCCUAUUGAAAUCUCUACAAGAGAGGAUCAUGGGAGCACCGAACCGAUCGUACGUGUAAAAGGCAUCUCCUCUCUUCUCCGCUUAAAAAAAAACAUUAUAGCCAUUGUUUAAGUUGUUCUUGGAAAUGAAUAGGGGUGUCAGUUCGGGUCGGGUUCGGUUACCCAAACCGAAACCCGAAAAAUUCCGAAACCGAACCUGAAUCUGAUAAGGAUUUGUGGGUUUCGGUUACCCGAAACCCGAAAAUUUCUUAUCGGGUUCGGGUUCUGGUUCGGUUAAAGCAACUCCGAAAUCCGAAAACCCGAACGUCUAAGAAUAUGGGCUGAGUUCUAUUCAUUGGAGGUUUUUAGCCAGAACCCGAAAAACCGAUAAGCAAAACCAAAUCCCAAAUAAAAAAACCCGAAACGAACCCAAACCGGAAAAACCAAAAAUGUAUAUAAUCGGGUCGGUUUCGAGUAAAUCUGAAAAACCGAAUCCAAAUGGACACCCAGGAAUGAAUGCAAGGGAGUGAUUUAGGAGGCAAAUUACUAAAAUAAUAAUGGGUAGUUGCAUCGUUGGCCACACGGGCAUGACAUGUGGGUGUGAUUGCGAUGUGGUGAGCGAGCAUUAAGCCUAGAAAUCAAUGGGAGAGAAGUACUAUUCUAUAUAUGUGUAGUGAAAGAAACCCUGAUAUCAGAAAAUCAUGAGGGUUAGUUGGGGUGGGAGGUAGAUGUUACUAGGAAACCAUUUAUGACAAGUUACCUUUCUGCCUUUUUAUCUUCUACCUCUAGGUGAGCCACUCUUGUUUGCAAAAAUGGCUUCCUAUUAGUAGAAAAGUGCAAUAGAAUAGAAAUAGAUGUGUUUGAUAGCUUGUACGUGAUCAGAGAAAACGAGCAAGACAAACGAAUUUAUGUGAUUUCCUAGAGUGCUCAAAACUAGUUUUAUUUGUCUAGAGAUAAUACCCCAUGUACCCGUUGUUCACAUACAAGAGAAACCCUUAAUUACCCAUGUCCCGUUGUUCAUAUACAAGAGAAACCCUUAAUUACCCAUGUCGAUCAUUACAAUAAUGUAAUGACAAAAAGGUUAUCAACCUGAGGUGUAGCCACGGAGUGACUAACUUGAAAAACAUACGAAAAUGUCAGGUCGGGUGCCUGCCAAGUAUAUAAGACAACCUCCUUAAAAUUUGUGAUGGUGAAGGUACCUAAAAAAAUACCACGAAGCAAAAGUCGUGUCCUAAUUAACCCCCUAUUCCUAAGUAAAGCCAUGAGCCACUAGGUGUUCAUUGAAAUGAAUCAUAUUAUCACCAAGAUGCACCUCAAGAGUGUAGAACCAGAGUGCAAAGUUUUUCGGAUUAACGCAUACUGCAACCCUCUCUAAUCCUCCAGUCAUAAGCUCUAAUAACAUAGUACCUUAUAUGUAAAUGGAAAAUGAAUUCCCUUAAGUUUUCUGGACUAGUUCGUAGAGGAAAGUGUUUUUCAUGUUCAUCUUAAAGACUAGCUUAAACCAUCUUUUUGACAUAUGAAUGUCUCUACCCAGACCCGAUGAAAAAAAUGAUAUGACUUAUUAUAGGCUUGUUGAUAAUGAUUUUGAUCUAGUUCAUGACCUAUUAAAAUGAACACAUUUGAUAACCUUUAAAUUUCUCAAUAAUUUAUUAAAUUGUUG